AUGCCCAUCUUUGGAGAAAAACCACACACCUCAAUUACGGUGAAAGUGAACCAACUCUCGAAACCAAAUAGGAAUGAAGAUGACUCAAUUGAGCUCUACUUGUCUGACUUGAUUCUGCUCAUAAAGCUUCAGCCAGGUCCUGGUCCUUCGGAAGCUGCAAGGGCAAUUCGUAAGAAUAUCAAGUACGGUACAACGGUGCAAACUCAAUUGAAUGCUUUGCAAAUUCUUGAGCUUCUUGUGCUCAAUUCAGGUCCGAAAAUCGGCCCUGUUUUGGCCUCAGAUGAUAAGUUGCUUGAUGUCUUGAAGGGCAUUAUCACUGGAUCAGGUUCCACGGGUACUGGAUCAAAGUACGACAAGGCUGUUCAGAGCAAAGCAAGAAGCCUUGCAAUUGGUUGGAAGCUGGAGCUUGAAGGCUUGGAUGGCUACAAGUAUAUGGCGAAUUUGUGGAAACUGGCUGGAGGCAAAAGAAGGGCCCUGGGAAGUCACCAACGUGGCCAUAGGAGAACUACUAGUGCUUUUGGCGACGAGAAUGCUUUGGACGAACCAGACCUCUUGGAUAGGGACGAUGAACUUCCCACCAGAUCUCCAAGAUCUCCAAGGACAACUCGCUCUCCACCCCCGCCUAGACCUGCCAAAAAAUCACCUCCCCCACGUCCUGUGCUGGCCUCGCCUUACUCGGCAGGAAGACCAGUCGAGGAUAAACCCAAGAAGAAGAAGGACAAGUCUAAGAAGAAGAAAAAGAGAUCCAGAAACGGCAUUGUGUAUGCUGACGAGCAAUUCAGAAUCCCCCAGAUCAACUAUAAAGUUGAGGCUCCAAAAAUCAGAAACAUCCUCUCGGAGUGCCAAACCCACACCAGUGCGUUGAACAAUGCUCUUCUCACAAUACCACCUGGCACAGAUCCUUUGGACGAUGAAAAGGCUGGAAAAGAGUUUGAGAAAUGUAGGAAGAUCAGAAGAAAGGUUCUUCAAUACUUGCAGUUUGUGGGUGCAGGCGACGAGUCAUCCAAAUCCAGGGAGACUAUUCAAAUGGAAGAGGAGUUUUUGGGCUCCUUGAUCAUGGCAAACGAGCAGCUCGUCGGCACAUUCACUCAAUUCGACAAGGCCUCUGGCUACACUCCCGAAAACCCGGGUCCCCACCAUUACGAUGCAGCUAGUGACAGUGAUUCCGACGAGAGCUACUACUCGAGUGACUCUGAGGAAGAGGAGGAGCCUGUGGAGGAUUCUAUAGAGCUGAGGCUCGAAUCGGCUCGUAUUCUGGAGGGAACUUCCUCGAAGCUACAGGAGGCAGUCAGAAACUCACCCCCAGUGCCACAGAAGCCAACCAAGGAGGCACCGGCACAGCCUUCAAAAGACCUGACUAUCCCAGAACAUCCAAAACUCAAGCGGGUUGCUACGGAUGCCACAGGAGUCUCUGUGGGUAGUGAGGACCCCUUUGGUGACAAGCAUGAGGUUUCCAGUACAUACUAG